UUUCUUCAAACUUUCUAGACAAGAUAGCAUGUUUUCCACUCUGUGGAUCCUAGAAAAUGGACAGUAACCAAAGUAUUGAUCUGUGAAAUUCAGGCACCCAGUGAGUGUGAAGAGCACACGGGGAAAACCAAAGUUAGGAGCAAUAGGACAGAGCAUGCUCUCCAGAAGAAGUCUCAGCUGCGGGGCUUGCAAGGAGUAACAAACUGCAAUGCACAGAAAGAGAAGCUCCUUGUGAUCCAUCUGGAAUCUGAGCUGCUGUGCACAACUGCUGCAGUGUUGGACAGGUCUGCUCUGCACCCAAAAAUGCUCAAGUGUACCAGGGGAUGGGCGCUGCCUUUACAAGCUUCCCUCCACACCAGGGAAUCUGAAAAAAUGGGAUUUUUACAUCUCUCCAGCCAGCACUGAAAACGAAUGGGGAUUGAAUUGCUUUGCCUCUUUUUCCUAUUUCUGCAAAGAAAUAAUUAUGUGCAAGGGACCUGUUCUCAGGAAAGUGGAGUGACUUGUGAAGAUUGUUUGCUUUCCGGACCGCACUGUGCUUGGUGCUUCCAAGAGAAUUACACAGACUCAGCUGGAAUUCAUGGGAGGUGUGAUACCCCAGAAAACCUUUUGUCAAAAGGAUGCCAGUUGAAUUUGAUUGAAUUUCCCAUUUCAGAAGUGGAAAUUCACAGAAACAAACCUCUAACUAUAGCAACCCAGAAGGACAGUUCUGAUGUCACACAGAUUUCUCCCCAGAAAUUAACACUCAGGCUGCGACCAGGACAUGAAGAAACAAUCCAGAUCAAGGUUCGGCAAAGUGAAGAUUAUCCAAUUGACCUCUAUUACCUCAUGGAUCUUUCAGCUUCCAUGGAUGAUGACCUGAAUACAAUAAAAGAAUUAGGCUCAACUCUUUCCAAAGAAAUGUCAAAACUGACAAGCAACUUCAGACUGGGUUUUGGAUCUUUUGUUGAAAAACCAGUUUCACCAUUUAUCAAAACUACAGCUGAAGAAAUAAACAACCCUUGCAGAAGUGUGCCAUAUGAGUGCUUGCCCACCUUUGGAUACAAGCAUGUUUUGUCACUGACAAAUGAUGCCGAAAGAUUCAAUGAAAUUGUAAAAGGACAGCGAAUCUCUGCUAACAUAGAUACUCCAGAGGGAGGAUUUGAUGCAAUUAUGCAGGCAGCUGUUUGCAAGGAAAAAAUUGGAUGGAGGAAUGACUCUCUGCAUUUGCUGGUGUUUGUGAGUGAUGCUGAUUCCCACUUUGGGAUGGACAGCAAGCUAGCUGGAAUUGUUAUUCCUAAUGAUGGGAACUGUCAUUUGGACCACAAUAAUGAAUAUUCCAUGUCAACUAUUCUGGAGUACCCCACAAUUGGACAAUUAAUUGACAAACUUGUGCAAAACAAUGUUUUGGUAAUUUUUGCUGUCACGAAUGAACAAGUUCACACAUACGAGAACUAUGCAAAGCUUAUUCCUGGAGCUACUGUUGGACGACUGCAGGAGGAUUCCGGAAAUAUUCUCCAGCUGAUCAUUGCUGCGUAUCAGGAGCUGAGGUCCGAAGUAGAGCUGGAGGUCUUUGGGGACACAGAAGGACUCGAUCUCUCUUUCACUGCUGUCUGUAACAAUGGGACCUUUUUUCCACAUCAGAGGAAAUGCUCUCACGUGAAAGUGGGAGACACAGUCUCUUUCAAUGUGACCAUAAGUCUGCCCACUUGUGAUAAAACCACCAGGUAUGUUGUGAUAAAACCAGUGGGUCUCAGUGACAUGCUGGAAAUGGAAAUACUCCCUCAGUGCAGCUGCAGCUGCCAGGCCAAGGCUGAGAGGAACAGCUCGAAAUGCAACAAGGGGAAAGGCACUUUUGAGUGCGGAGUGUGCGUCUGCCACCCCGGGUACAUGGGUCCACACUGCGAGUGUGGUGAGAAUGCUCUCAGCACUGGAUCCUGCAAGGGCUCUGUGGAGCAGAGCUCCUGCAGCGGGAGAGGCAGCUGCUAUUGCGGGCAGUGUGUUUGCCACCCAUCCAUGUAUGGAAGAGUUUACGGAGCGCAUUGUGAGUGUGAUGACUUCUCGUGUGUGAGACACAGAGGGCUUCAGUGUGGAGGCAAUGGAGACUGUGACUGUGGCGAAUGCGUGUGCCACAGUGGGUGGACUGGUGAAUACUGUAAUUGCACAACUGACACCAACUCCUGCAUUUCUGAGGAUGGAACGCUGUGCAGCGGGAGAGGUGAAUGCAUCUGCGGGUCGUGUGUGUGCAUUCAUCCAGGGGCCUCAGGCCAAACAUGUGAAAAAUGCCCACUGUGUGGUGACCCUUGCAGUUCCAGAAGGAGCUGUGUGGAAUGUCAUUUGGCUUCUGAUGACAAGCUGCAGGGAGAAUGCAAUGAAAAAUGCAAAUCAGUUGAUGCAACUGUCAGCACUGCAGAGGAUUUUUCAGAGGAUAAAUCCAUUCCUUGCUCUUUGCAGGGGGAAAAUGAAUGUAUAACCACUUUUCUUCUGGCUGAGGAUGAGCAGGGCAAGACAGUCAUACACAGCAUAAAGCAAAAAGAUUGCCCAGAGCUUCCAAAUAUCCCAAUGAUAAUGGUGGGCGUCACCCUUGCUAUCCUUCUGAUAGGCAUUGUGUUACUUUGUAUAUGGAAAUUGAUGGUGUCAGUUCAAGAUCGAAAAGAAGUGGCCAAGUUUGAAGCAGAAAAAUCAAAAGUUAAGUGGCAAACGGAAACAAACCCACUGUACAGAGGUUCAACAAGCACUUUCAAAAAUGUAACUUACAAGAACCAAGAAAAGCAAAAAGGGGCCAUGGCUGCAGAUUUCUAUUAGCACUUUGAACCCUACAAACUUAGUUUUACUGUUGAGAAAUAUAAAACACUAAUUUUUGUC